AAGAGAUUAAUAGUGUUCGAAAGUUUGAAGCAUUGAAGCACAAGCAUCGAGAUGCCCGAAAUCGUGGAGUUAAAUGUGGGCGGCGUGCACUAUACGACGACGCUGAAUACCCUGCUGCAGGAGAAGGGCACGCUGCUGUGCGAGCUGUUCGAGGGGCCCGAGGGGCGCGACUCCCUGGCCAAGGACAGCAAGGGCCGUUAUUUUCUGGACCGCGACGGCGUCCUCUUCCGCUACAUACUGGACUUUUUGCGCGACAAGGCAUUGAAUCUGCCGGAGGGCUUCCGCGAACGGCAGCGCCUGCUGCGCGAGGCCGAGCACUUCAAGCUGACGGCGAUGCUGGAGUGCAUUCGCGGCGAUCGGGAUGCCCGUCCGCCGGGCUGCAUUACAAUCGGCUAUCGCGGCAGCUUCCAGUUCGGCAAGGACGGCCUGGCCGACGUCAAGUUCCGCAAGCUGUCGCGGAUUCUGGUCUGCGGGCGGGUGGCGCAGUGCCGCGAGGUGUUUGGCGACACGCUGAACGAGUCCCGGGACCCGGACCAUGGCGGCCCGGACCGUUAUACGUCGCGCUUCUUCCUCAAGCACUGCUUCAUCGAGCAGGCGUUCGACAAUCUGCACGAGCACGGCUAUCGCAUGGCCGGCAGCUGCGGCUCCGGCACGGCUGGCUCCGCGGCCGAGCCCAAGCCCGGCGUAGACACGGAGGAGAAUCGCUGGAAUCACUACAAUGAAUUUGUCUUCAUACGGGAUUAAGCAGAGCUGGCGGGUUUCCUAUAAUCUUCUUAAGCUUGUGAUACGAUCCAAAA